AUGGACUCCCAUCAACAGAAGCAGCCCUUCACCCCACCGCCUCAGGUUUAUGAGCAGCAGGUGAAACAGCCUUCCCUGCCUCCACAAGAGCCAUUUGUCCCCAUCACCAAGGAACCGUGCCUCCCCCAAGUCCCACAACCUGGAAAAACCAAGGUUCCAGAGCCAAGCCACCCAAAGCAACCAGAGCCAUGCCACCCCAAAUAUCCUGAGCCAGGUCCCUCCCCAGUGACUCCGGGACCCGGCCAGCAGAAGACCAAGCAGAAGUGA